UGGAAAAAUCUUAACAGUGUUGCACUGUUAAUACAACACACCAAUAGGCUGGACAGUAUGAUUUCAGAUGCUGUUGCAGAUUCCCAACCACAAAGCCAUGGCUGUAAAACAAAGCAUAAAUGUGAUGAACAUGUCUUGAAGCAUAUAGCAACUCGUUCAUUUGUGGAUAGCAAAAUUGUAUCAAAAAUGGAAAGAUCGGGCUCACUAAUUCGGGUUAUUGAAAAAUUAAGUAAGAUUGUGGAGAAAGGAAGAUCAAAGCAAUAUUCUCAAGCUGGUCAAAAGAGGCCUUAUACUAGUACCACUGACACACAAAGUGCAAUAUUUAAGCAUACUGACAGCUGUGGGACCACAGCCAAAAAACCUGUGGACACAAACUAUGAUAAGUUACAGGAUGAUACCACAAUUAGAGAGACUUAUUUUAAGACACAAGGUUUGCCCGAGAGUUGCAAUAGACUAGAUCUAAGGACGCAUAACUCUGCAGAUAAAACUGACCCUUCAAAGAGAUUCUGUUGUACUCUCUGUGACUAUGUUACUGCAGAACAACCAGCUUUUUAUGCACAUAUACGCAGCCAUAACAAUACUGAGAUCUACACAUGUGAACAGUGCAACUUUGCCACUACAGUUUCCAAAGAUCUUGCUGAACACAGAUAUUUGCACAGGAACCUUACAAGAUAUCAAUGUAAUUUAUGUAAAUUCAGUUCACUGACAUUUCCACAGUUAAAGGAGCACUUUGAGCAACAUGGAAAGUCAAGUGAGGUGGUAUUGAUGUGUUCUCAGUGUUGUUUUAUUUCAAAAAAACAGGAGGAGCUUGAAGCUCAUAUUUGGAUCCAUCUCGAAGAUGCACAGAUGCAGAGAAAACAGUUACCACAGAUUCAGCAGCAAUCUGAGUUAAGUACCGUAGGCAAUGCAAAAUCAGGAAACGUUGCUUUGGACACUGAACCAGGCCCAAGAAAGUGGUACACAUAUGACCAGUAUGGCAUGUAUAGGUGUUUGAUUUGCAGUUAUGCUUGUGAUCGCCAGCGAAUGUUAAAAACACAUGCAUGGAAACAUGCUGGUGAAGUUGAUUGUUCAUAUCCAAUUUUUGAAGAGGUAUCUGAGCCAACUACCUCAACAGUUUCGUCUACAGCUCUCACAACUCAUGAUGAUGAACCAGUCAUUGUUUUUUCAACAGCAGUUAAAUCGGAAAGUGUGCACUGCACUGGUUCAAAUCAAUUGCAGUUUUGUGGUGUGGCUCCAGUUACUGUAGUGAACUCAUUGGACUGCAGGCCCUCUCUAUCUGAGACAACUGUGAAAAAUUCUGAUACUACCUGCUCAAAAGCACAGAGUCCUACUGUAAUGGAAAUUGUCGAGGAGGAGUCUCUGAUACUGGAUUGUGAACAUGAAGGCACAAUUUCUGAUAGCCUUCUUUCUUCUGCACAGAAGAUAAUUAACUGUAGUUCAAACAAGGUUGGUCAUGUCAAUGUUAUCGUGGAGCGGGUCCCAGGAGCUGGAGAUACUGUUCCAGAAAAGCACUUUCUAAUGACACCAGAUAUUGAAGUGGAAAAGAGACUUAUCUCUGAAAAGUCUCAUGUGAUCUAUUGCGAAGAUCCUUCGUAUCCUUUGUAUCAACAAAGUAACAGCGCAACUGAAGUGGAAACUGCUGCCUUGGAGUGGAAUCCUGAAGAAAGUAAUAAUGUUUUAAAACCUUCUGAGCCUGCGGCAGUUGACGAAAAUGUUCCACCAGCACGAAGGAGAACUAAUUCAGAAUCCUUGAGGCUUCAUUCAUUGGCUGCCGAAGCUCUUGUUGCAAUGCCAACAAGAGCACCAGAAUUGACCAGAGCAAAUGCUAAAAAUCCUGAGCCUGAUACAGGGCAGAAAAGUGUAGAAGUCAGCACUUCCAUUUCUCCAGCUCUCAGUUAUUCUCGAGCUGGUCCUAGCAGUGACUUACAGCUUGAUAAAGCUAAAUCUGGUUUUUCUGAAGUACCUAUCAAAAUGGGCAUCAGCAUGUCAUUACUCACUGUAAUUGAAAAAUUGAGGGAAAGAACUGACCAAAAUGCUUCUGAUGAAGAUAUCCUGAAGGAAUUACAGGAUAAUGCACAAAGUCAACCUUCAAAUGACCUGGGUUCAUCAGGCAACCUAGUGGAGUAUAUACCCAAUACAGAGCGGCCUUACCGUUGUUGCCUCUGUCACUAUAGCAGCAGUAACAAGGGGUACAUCAAGCAGCACUUAAGGGUUCACCGGCAACGACAGCCUUACCAGUGCCCAAUCUGUGAUCACAUUGCUUCUGAUAGCAAUAGUCUGGAAAGUCAUAUGAUAAACCAUUGCAAGACUAGAAUGUAUCACUGCAAGAGGUGCAAUGAAGCAUUUUAUUAUAAGAGCCAGCUCCGGAACCAUGAGUGUGAGCAACAUGGCCUAUCUCUCAUUUCCUCAACAAAUGAUGAAAAUACUGACUGUAGUAGAGGAGGAGAAACUGGAAGCACACAGGAAGAAAUACUGUCAACUCAGAAACUGUACAAGUGCGAUGUGUGUGACUACACAAGUUCAACGUAUGUUGGUGUAAGAAACCACAGAAGAAUCCACAAUUCUGAUAGACCUUACAGAUGCAGUAGCUGUGACUUUGCUACCACAAACUUGAACAGUUUAAAGUGUCAUAUGAAACGCCAUCCGCAGGAACAUCAGGUUGUUCAGUUGCUGGAACAGUACAAAUGUUCCCUAUGUGGUUAUGUGUGUAGCCAUCCUCCAUCUUUGAAAUCCCACAUGUGGAAACAUGCAAGUGAUCAAAAUUAUAAUUAUGAACAGGUGAAUAAGGCCAUAAAUGAAGCCAUUUCUCAAAGCAGCAGGUGUCAAGACCCCCAGAGAAAACCUACAGCUGAGGAUGUUGAAGAAAUAUCAUCUUCAUCACCAUCACUUCAUCCUCUUUCUACAAAUUCUGAUAAGCCCCCCUUAGCUCCAGAGGCGAUGAGCCUUAUUACUGAUGAAACCAAAGGCCCUGAAAAGUGCCAGAAAUCAAACGCGGACUUAACUGUCUCUGAAACACCAGGAAAGGCUGGAAGUCAGAUUCGUGCUGGCAUGGAGUAUUGUGUCCUAUUAUUCUGUUGCUGUAUCUGCGGAUUUGAAUCAACCAGUAAAGAGCUGUUGAUGGAUCAUAUGAAGGAACAUGAGGGUGAGAUCAUUAACAUCAUCCUUAACAAGGACCACUGCUCCCAACCUGAACAGAGCGGCUCUGACUAAAUCAACCUGGAGAAAUUAUAUUUACAAUACAUAUUGCCUCUUUAUGGAUGGAGUCAUGAGAUUAACUUGUACUAGUGUGAACAAACCGUGAAUGUCAACAAUUCAAAGAUUGAUUUUAGUCCAUUUCAAACGGUGUAAACAUUACUGUUGUUGCCCUUUUAAGAACAUAUUACAAGUAAUAUCUUGCAUAUAAGUAACCUAGGUGCAAGGAAGAUGUUCAAGGAUCAUUUUGAUAUUUCAUUUCUCCUAUACUGCCCUGCACCAUGUCCUAAAUACUGGUGUUUAGGUACAGAUGGUAUUUCUGUAUUUAUUGAAUUUUUUUAAUAUUUAUGCCUGUAGUUAUAAGCUGUUACAUGCAGUGAAGUUAUUGCAUUCACAAUGCACUUUGCUUCUGGUGCUAUUUUAUAAUCAUAUCACUGAACAAAUCUCUUGUAAAGACAGCAGUACGUGAAGGGGUCAUUGAGUGAAAGCUUUUUCCUUGUUCAGUUGUAAUAUAAAUUUAUUCUUUGAACAAAGGUUUUGUUCAAAAUUUUAUGUCAUGCAGUAAUUUUCUGGGGACGUGGUCUUGCCAAAGUCUGCACAGGUUUCUGUCUAAUUGAGAAUGACAGCAGGCUGACUUGAAACACGAGAGCCUCGGGUAUGUGCUUUACAACCCAAUGCAAAUGGAAAGGAAUAGAGCUUCUUCAGACAAGCAAGUUAACAUGUUGUACACCUUUAAAAGACAUCAUGCUUUAAUCUUGCAUUUUUUGUGUUCCAUGAAUACCUAAUUUUACUGUAGACAGAUUAUCUUUGAAGUUCCAUACAACAAUGCUGUUGAGUUAUUUCAAAGGGAUCAGAAAAUUGGUUUUGUUCUAAACAUAGCAUGCACUGACAUUUUAAAACUUAUUUUGUUGGAGGAACGGAGAACUGCUAAUUUAUUUUCCCCGUUAGUUCAGAUGCCCAUUUAAAGUUCACAAAUGUUCACAAGGGCUGUGAUCCUGUAGACUGAAAUGUCCAGGCUUUGAGAUCUAUAUUUAAAGAGUGUAUACAAAAUUGAUAUUUUAGAAUGUUUUAUCACAAGUGGAAGUUAUUCAAAUCAUCUUUAAUAAGAUCAUUGUUAUGGAACCAUUUACUCAGGUUUGUCCUGAGCUUUUGGUGAUAAAAUGGCCACUUAAAUAAAAAUAAACAUUAGUAGUUUGACUUGCAUUAAGUCCUUGAAACGGUUAUAAUUUUUGAUUUUACUGCUUAAAAUUAUGAUUUCUCUAAUUUUACAAGAAAUAUUACACUGAAUGAUAUAAGCUGAACAAGCAAUGAAAGUACCUUGCUGCAAUUCAACUUGCAUCUAAAAUCGUCUAUCCGAGUUUGAAGGAAAUUCACUUAGAAUUUGGCAAUGUAAUUGAAGAUAUAAAGCUGAAUUUACUUCUAACAAACAUGAGCAUUGAUGUGAAUACAAUUUGAAAAAGGUAACAAUUUUACAAUUAGUUAACUAUUUUGGUUCAAUACAGAUAUUGUCACGAAAUGAUAGUUAAGAACUUGUGAUUUUACCUUUGAAUUUACUGUUCAUUUUUGAACUUGAUGGUUUAAUUUUUAGAACUCUGUGAAUUCCUAACUGUUUAGUUUGAACAAUAAAUUGACCUUGCCAGCCUUGACUGAAACAUUCAAAAUCUAUUUAAAAUUCAAAUAUCUGUGAGGAAAUAUUUUGCUAUUUAUGCCCAGCUGUAUCUUUGAGAAAUACGAAGGCAUCCCUAUUUCCAUGCAUGUCUUUGGCCAAAAUAGUGUUGGGAUUGUGAAAAAUGCCAGAAGAACCAGUUUGUUGUCUUCCUUCUGAGACUUACUACAAACAAGUAGGGGAGAUAUGUGUUUCAGCUGUAACUGUUAGAGUGCUUUGUAUUUGUCAACUGAUAAAGAGUUUUUCCAAACACUUCCACAUGAAUUUGUUAUCUUUUUUAAAAUGUUUAGUUUGUGGUUUGAGUGAGGAUAUGUUUGCCUUUUAUAUGAUAACUUUGUACUGAUUAUUCUGUGCAUUUGAUAUUACCCACAAAAACAUACUCUGUUAACAUUCAUCACCUUUUUACUCGAAAAGAAAUACAAAGGUUAUUGCAUUGAAAUUUGCCUGUAUUUUUACAAUUCUUCACAAACCAUCAUGGUAAACUAACUGACUGUCCUGUUAUUGGAUUCAUCCUUUUUUUGAUAGUCCAAAACCUAGCAGUGGUUGGAAGAAUAUUGUGAAGCCUUAAUGGGCUGGCAGUUAUUUGAAAGACAAUGGGAAGCAAUCUGAAAAGUUUCUAAAUAAAAACUGAAAGAACUGCAGAUGCUGUAAAUCAGAAACAAAAACAGAAGUUGCUGGAACAGUUCAGGGGGUCUGGCAACAUCUGUGAAAUCAGUGUUAAUAUUCCAUGUCUGGUGACCCUUCCUCAGAACUGGGAAGGGUCACUGGACCCAAAACUUUAACUCUGAUUUCUCUUCACAGGUGCUGCCAGACCUGCUGAGCUUUUCCAGCAAACUCUGAUUUUGUUUCUGGAAAGUUUCUAGUUUUGCCCGAUUGUACUGAUUACACAUGCACUGCAUAAACACAUUAUUUAGACCAACAAUGAUUAAAAGUCAAGUGUCAUUUGAUAAGUGUCCAGUGUUAAUGUGGCUAUUUGCAAACCAAGUAAGAACUGAUUUGGUUUAAGUUCACAAUAUGAAUGAAACUAAGAUUUUUAGAAACUGAAUCCAUUGUGCUUGUUUCACACUGUUGAUACACAAGGCAACAUUCUAUUGAUGUGAAUGAUUGAAAUUCCGACUUAAUAAAUGUAGAGCAGGUGACACACUGUAGAAUGUCUGUCCUUACAUUGGUAAAAUCUCAAAAUCUUACAUAAAUUCUGUUACUGAAUAGAGAAAUCAAAGCCUGUUGUAAGCCAACAUUAUUUACCUACUUUACAUUCUGUGAUGAGUGAAACGAUUUUCACAGGUCUUGGACAUUCUAAGAGAUUGGGAGUAAAAUAUUAGAGGUAAAUAAAAUAAUUGCUUUAACAGCUGUUGUAUAAAGUUCCAUGUAUUUAAAAAUAAAUUAUGGUUCCAUGGUUAAAGAGCUGAAGGGAUAACAGGAUCUGUAUUUCAAGUUUUUUGUUCCUCUUUAAGCUGGAUUCAUCUUUACAAGUAUAUCCACUGUGAACCUGAAUUAAUGCAAGGUUGCCUGAAAGUUUAAAUACUGUGCAUUGUAGGUAGCUUGUAGUUUCAUUGCUACCAUGCUUUACAUCAGUUUAUUUUGGGUGACCAUGCCAUAGGCAAGGGUAAGAAAAAGCUCGUUUUUGUGAGACAUUAAUGAAUUUAAUUUUAAAGGUUUAGUCUGCAGUUUUUUAGAUCCUAUUACAAAUGUAUUUUUUAUUCCUGUUAUUGUUUCUCUUAUCAGACAUUAUGCUUUUUGGUUUGUGUUAUUCUAUGCUCAUACUGUAUCUCCAAAAUGUAUGAAAGGUAUUAAAUGAAAGUUUCAUAAGAUGGCUACUGGUACCAUAUUUGGACAUUUUGAAAGCACUUAAUUAAAAUAAUAUAUAAUUGUUAAAGAUCCAAGAUUGUACAAGGAAAGUUUAAAAUUUGAUACAUGAAGUGGAUACAGAAGCUUAUAAGUAAAUGUAACGUACGUGCCAUUUGAUAUUAAAGAAUUAUUUUGAAUACAUGUACUUUCUCCACCCCCCGCCAAUGUCACCAACAACACUAAAACAUUUUGUUAGCCAAAGCAUUUUAGAAGACUGACAAGUAUCUUUAAAUAAUAGGAUUGUAUGAGUGUGUGCGUGUAGGAGUGUGUAUCCAAGUUUGAUCUGCACGUUAAGCUGCAUGCCUUAAUGCCAAAACCUCUAUGGAUCUCUUACUGUAGAACUGAUCAAGCUUUUCUGUGUUAAUAAAACCAGACCUGUAGUACCUCUGUAAUUAUUGUACUACUUAACGUUGUGUAACAUCAGAUUAAUUUAUUUUACUUGUAAUGUUUGUCAUCCAUUAUGUUUUAUUCAAUAUUCCAUUUGUAAUUUAGUAAUAAAUCUUUGUCUUAAAAAAUGAACAGUA